AUGAAAGGUUCCGAGAGCUCGAAAAGGGCAGCACCUGUAAAGAAAAAAGAGGCAGAAACUAAUAUGGUGGGAAUUGGGAGCCACCAUACUUCUAAUCUUUACCCAACCCAACCACGACCUCGAUAUCACCCGCUUCCAAACUUCUAUUAUCCUCCCCAAAACCCUUACUAUCAAGCACCUCCUCUUUACCCCGUCUACGCCACAGAUAACCAAAGACCAUUUGCCAUGUUCCUACCAAAUACCAGGCCGGCUCAAAACCAACCCAAAAAUGAACAAAGACUGACAAAACCCAAUUCUGAAAAACCUCAAUUCACCCCUAUCCUCGUGUUAUACGGAGAGCUAUACCCAAAACUUUUGGAAAAGCAAUUAAUAUCCCCACAUUAUAUGGCACCCCUGAAGUUUCCAUACCCAAAAUGGUAUGGUCCUAAUGCUAGUUGCAUGUACCAUGCCGGAAACCAAUGGCAUUCUACAGAAAAUUGUUUGGCCUUUAAAAGGAGGGUUCAAGGUCUUAUUGAUGCAGGCAUUCUACGAUUUGAUGGUGCAGGCAAUACGACUGGAAAUCUACUCCCUAACCACACUGAAGGGAACGUGAGCGCUGUGACAAAAGAAGAUAGGUGGCGUGCCAAAAGUUGUGUUUCUGAAAUAAAGACACUGCUGCGAAAGAUCUGGGAGGUAAUGGUUGAAAAGGGGCUGUUCUGUCAUCCCAACAGAAUUUUCAAAGAAGGAAAUACAAAAAGUCAAUAUUUUGGUGAUUUUCAUGGGAUCGAGGGGCAUGACAUCCAGUCUUGUUUCCCUUAUAGUGUUGAUCGACCAUUGGUGAUUUAUUACGAUGCAAAAAAGGAGCAAGUGAAACCAAAGAUGAUAAUUGAAGUUCCAUCUCCUUUCCCUUACAAAGACAACAAGGCAGUACUAUGGAAAUAUGAUGUCAACAUUAUCAUACCUGAAGGUGAAAAAUCCAAAAUCACGACCGGAAAUGUUAGUGAAGUAGGGCACUUCACCCGCAGCGGGAGGUGUUAUUCUAAAGCGGUCGAACCAAUGAAGAAGACUAAUGACUUGAAGCAGAAAGGAAAGGCACCAAUGCAUAAGGCCAAGGUUGAACUUGAAAAUUCAUCUGAACAAGAAGUUAAAAGGCCUGUGAAUGAAGAGGAAGCACAUGAAUUCUUAAAGUUCAUCAAGCAUAAUGAAUAG